UUUACACAACCAUGCCAUCCGACUUGGCCAAGAAAAAGGCAGCAAAGAAGAAGGAGGCUGCCAAAGCCCGUCAACGUACCAAGAAAGCAGAUGGUAAUGAUGAAAUUGAACAACCAGAAAUCCAGAGUAAUGGAGCAGAAAGCAAUGGUAUUGACAGUUUGACAAAGGAGCUGGAUGAAUUUGAGCUACGGAAGACAGAGGCGCGGGCAGUGACGGGUGUUUUGGCGUCGCACCCCAACAGCACUGAUGUUCACAUUAGCAGUCUGUCCCUCACCUUUCAUGGGCAAGAGCUGCUAUCGGACACAAGCCUGGAGCUCAACUCGGGUAGACGCUACGGCCUUAUUGGUCUUAACGGCACAGGAAAUCCAUGCUUCUGUCAGCCAUGGUCAUCGGGAGGAUUCCAUUCCAGAGCACAUAGAUAUUACCAUUUGACACGAGAGAUGGCCCCCAGCGAAAAGACGGCGCUGCACUGUGUCAUGGAGGUCGACGAAGAGAGAAUAAUGCUGGAGAAGGAGGCGGAGAGGCUUGCACACGAAGACUCGGAAUGUGAGAAGCUGAUGGAGCUGUACGAGCGUCUGGAGGAGCUGGACGCAGACAAGGCGGAGAUGCGAGCAUCUCGAAUCCUCCACGGUUUGGGUUUCAGUGCUGCUAUGCAGCAGAAGAAACUGAAGGACUUCAGUGGAGGCUGGAGGAUGCGUGUCGCUCUGGCCAGAGCCCUGUUCAUUAAACCCUUCAUGCUGCUGUUGGAUGAGCCCACCAACCACUUGGAUCUGGAUGCCUGCGUGUGGUUAGAGGAGGAGCUUAAAUCGUUCAAGCGAAUCCUUGUCCUUAUCUCACACUCUCAAGACUUCUUGAAUGGUGUGUGCACCAACAUUAUCCAUCUACAUCAGAGAAAGCUGAAGUAUUACACGGGUAACUACGACCAGUAUGUGAAGACCAGAGAGGAGCUGGAAGAGAACCAAAUGAAGCGCUUCAAUUGGGAGCAAGACCAGAUAGCACACAUGAAGAAUUACAUUGCCAGGUUUGGCCACGGCUCUGCAAAGCUGGCACGACAGGCACAGAGUAAAGAGAAGACACUGCAGAAGAUGGUGGCGUCAGGCUUAACCGAAAAAGUCGUGAAUGACAAGACACUGUCAUUUUAUUUUCCUCCCUGUGGGAAGAUUCCUCCUCCUGUUAUCAUGGUUCAGAAUGUGAGCUUCAAAUAUAGUGACAACACUCCAUACAUAUAUAAAAAUCUGGAGUUUGGUAUUGACUUGGAUACACGAGUUGCGCUGGUAGGUCCCAACGGCGCAGGAAAGUCCACACUGCUGAAACUGCUCAUGGGAGAGCUCCUACCUACUGAUGGCAUGAUCCGGAAACAUUCUCACGUCAAGAUCGGCAGAUAUCACCAGCACCUGACGGAACAGCUGGAGCUAGAUCUUUCUCCUCUCGAGUACAUGAUGAAGUGUUUCCCCGAGAUCAAAGAAAAAGAAGAAAUGAGGAAGAUCAUCGGCCGCUAUGGCUUGACAGGAAAACAGCAGGUCAGUCCAAUCAGGAACUUAUCAGACGGUCAGAAGUGCCGGGUUUGUUUUGCCUGGCUGGCCUGGCAGAACCCUCACAUGUUGUUCCUGGAUGAGCCGACAAAUCACCUCGAUAUCGAGACCAUUGACGCUUUGGCAGAAGCCAUCAACGAGUUUGAAGGAGGCAUGAUGCUUGUUAGCCACGAUUUCAGGCUAAUUCAGCAGGUGGCACAAGAGAUCUGGGUGUGCGAGAAUCAAGCAAUCACAAAAUGGAAAAGGGACAUCCUGGCAUAUAAGGAGCACUUGAAAUCAAAGAUUGAAAAGCAGCAGGCGCAUGACAUCUAAAGCAGCAUCCUCAACACUGAGGCGCUGCUUUGUCUUACAUCAUGGAUUUGACCUGCGGGGGCAAGAGCGGUUUGCAGGGGCAAUCCUAAACUCGGAACAGAAACUCUUCCUACGCAUCUCGUUGGACAUGCCGGUUGUACACGUGUUGUAUUUCCAACAGUUUGACAGUGAUGCACCAUGCUGAACCACACCUAAUCCCCCCAAAUCUCACCUCAGGCUGCACUCUGAUUGGCUGAUUCACCUGAUGCAUUUUUGGAAUGCAUUCCCUUGUACUAUCUUCAUAGGAAAGUUAUUUUGUCCAAAUGUUCUGUUUCACACAUGUAAUGCAGCAGCUUUUAGUUUUAUAUUGAAGUCAACUUCCCCUCUGUUAAAACGGGCAGUCACGCCUCAUUUAACAAUGUAAUGCAAUAAAGGUUUAAAUAAAUGGA